ACCAAAAAUGAAAAUGAAAAUGAAAAUGAAAAUAGAGAGAGAAGAGAAGAGAAGAAAAGGAGAGAAAAGUGGAGAGUCUCUUGUAUUGAAAGCCACAAAGGAAAAUAACAUUCUCCUGAGGAAGUUUGUCUCCAAAUCUCUGCGGAUACAUACACACGCUUUCUCUCUCUACAAACCCAAAUCAAACAACAAGAGGACCACAACCGCGAUUCACUGAAAGCCCAACUCGGAAUCAAGAAUCAAAGAUCAGAAUCAGAGGAAGGAAGAGAGAGACAGAGAGAAAAGAGAUCAUCACCAUGUCGUGUUCUUCGUCAUCUGGGUCCGAGGAAGAGGACGAGGGCAUCGACUCUUACAGGAAAGGAGGAUAUCACGCAGUCAGAAUCGGCGAUUCGUUCGCCGGCGGCCGAUACAUCGCCCAGAGGAAGCUGGGUUGGGGCCAGUUCUCCACCGUCUGGCUCGCUUACGACACUCAGUCCUCCGGAUACGUCGCUCUUAAGAUCCAGAAAAGUGCACCGCAAUUUGCUCAAGCUGCUCUCCAUGAAAUUGAAGUCCUUUCUGCUAUUGCAGAUGCUGACCCUUCCAGUAGUAAGUGUGUUGUACGAUUGGUUGACCACUUUAAGCAUACAGGCCCAAAUGGACAGCAUUUGUGCACGGUCCUUGAAUUUCUUGGUGACAGCUUACUUCGGCUGAUCAGAUAUAACCGUUACAGAGGCCUUGAGUUGAAUAAAGUUAGGGAGAUAUGCAAAUGUAUAUUGACUGGUCUGGAUUAUUUGCAUAGAGAACUUGGAAUAAUUCACACGGACUUGAAGCCCGAAAAUAUACUUCUUGUUUCCACCAUUGAUCCUGCCAAAGAUCCAGUCAGGACUGGGCUCACCCCAAUUCUAGAAAAGCCUGAGGGGAAUCCAAACGGUGGAGUUACCAUAAAUAGUAUUGAGAAAAAACUAAAGAGGAGGGCAAGGAGAGCAGUGGCUAGGAUAGCACAAAGACGCGCUUCAAUGGGAGGGACACCAAAGGCUGAGAGGAGCCUGAAUGGGAUUGAUGUGAACUGCAAGGUUGUGGAUUUUGGAAAUGCAUGUUGGGCUGAUAAACAGUUUGCAGAGGAAAUUCAAACAAGACAGUAUAGAGCUCCUGAAGUUAUUCUCGGUACUGGGUACUCCUCCUCUGUUGAUAUGUGGUCAUUUGCUUGCACAGCCUUUGAGCUAGCUACCGGUGAGAUGCUGUUUACUCCCAAGGGCGGGCAAGGUUUCAGCGAGGACGAGGAUCACCUUGCUCUAAUGAUGGAACUCCUUGGGAAGAUGCCUCGGAAGAUCGCCAUUGGUGGGGCUCAAUCCAAAGAUUACUUUGACAGACAUGGGGAUCUGAAGAGGAUCCGGAGGCUGAAAUACUGGUCACUUGAUCGAUUACUGAUUGAUAAAUACAAAUUUUCUGAUGUUGAUGCUCGUGAGUUUGCAGAGUUCCUGUGUCCCCUUCUCGAUUUUGCACCAGAGAAGCGACCGACUGCUGAGCAGUGUUUGCAACACCCAUGGCUCAGUAUCAGUGAUGUAAACAAGAAUGAGCUGAAGAGUGAAUCUAGUAUGGAAAAGGUGGAUGUGGGGAUGAGCAGCCUUCAGAUUAAGGUGGGUAAGUGAGGAAGGGAAUUAAGGUUUUGUUGUGCAACACCUCCUUUACGUCCCUCUCUCCACCUGUAUGUGUUUUCUUAACAAUUUAUUUUUUGGCUUGUUCACGUCUUAAUAAAAUCUGAUUUUUUUUAUUAACUAAGAUGUAAAUUAGUGAAUGAUUAUUUUGAAGAAAUGACAUCAGCAAAGGAAAUUUGACAUCUA